UUAACUAAGCUAGAUUUCCUUGGCGCGCUCUUCAUGUUUGCCGUUGCAAACUUAAUAUCUCGGAGUAGCUCAUCAUCAUAAAUCAUGAUAUUUAAACUCUAGUCCCUAUCAGGCUAGCCUCGUCCUUUCAACAUAAUUCAAAACUCAAAACUCUCGAACUUCCGAAAAUGGUUCUACUGUUUUUUGUUCUAGAUUUGCGAACUCUCUCUCCUCCAUUGUUAGCACAAUUGAAGCAGUGCUUGUUAGAGUUAGCGAAUUUGUAUGCUAUCUCUGCUCCUACAUUUAACUUGAAAUACCGUAAUGUUGAUUCCUCACUCCAAGAUCGCAUUGGCUUGUGCUAUUUGCAAAGCUCUGCAUGUUUUUCGUCAAAUGAGCAGCAGCAGCAGCAGCUUAAGAUUGUGUACUCUCCAAGGGGAAAAAGUUUCAAUCUUCGUGAUUUUUAUUAUGCAGUCAAUCACUUGCCCUCUGAUUACUAUUUGCCACACAUACUUGAGGAUUCUGGGACCUCCCUCUUACAUGAUAUAGAACUUUCAUGCAUCAUCGGUGAUGAAGUGCUGGACUCUACUCGUGGCAAAGAAAUUGAGUUAAAAAUAAUCCUUAUCAGUUCAUGUUUAGUUGGAAAUAUGGAUUCUAAUGCUAAGAAGACUCUCCUGGAUGCUGCCAACAAAUGCAUAUCUGUGGAAUUUGUUUUCCUUGAGCAAAAGUCAAGUCAACUCUGUGAUGUUUCGGAGAAUAUAAACAAGUUUAGGGGACAAAUAUGUGAUCUUGAGAACUGUUCUUUUAAUGCAUAUCUUCCAGAUGAGCAGAUAUUUAAUGGCAUGGCAAAGAAAUGGCUUAUGGAGUUGAAAGAGAGCACAGAAGAAUGGUUGCAGGCACAUUUUCUCUUUCAGAAAACCUUUGUGGGUUCUAUGAACCGAAUAUGUUGCAGGUUGUGUAGUUCCGUAAAUCAAGUAAUGGACAGAUUUAGUCCUUGCAAGGCACAUACGUGUCAUGACAUCCAAAGAAAUAAUAGAGAGGGUUAUGGGUUCACAGAUGGUCUUUUCUAUCAUGUUAAAGAGCAUAAUGUGGAACAGGAUAAUACUGUCAACGAAUCCAAAGUUGUCGAUGAAUAUGGCCUAUUGGCUGAAGGAUCUUUGCAGUGCAGGAAUAAUUUCUGUCAAGUUCCAUCUACGAUAAUCUUUAAUAUAAUUGAGCGAACUAGUUUGGCUUCUGUAAGUGAAGGUGUGGUGAUUGGAAGACCUUAUAUUGUUACUCCAUCAGCUGUUCAGGAGACAGAUACAGCUCAAGAAGAAAGCGACAUGUGUCACUGGAAUAAUAUGCUUUUCCAGGGGCUUUGUCGUGCUCUUAACUUAGUGAACCAGGGUCUUAUAUGCUGGUCAUUUUGCAACUUGGACAAGAUGAGAGAAACUGCAUUAAUCUACUACUAUAUUCUUCAACCAUCUGACAGUGGACUAAUGCUGCUCAGGAGACUCGCAGGAGCUGAGGAAAUCUUGCCCUUUCCUGAUGCAAAUACAGACGACUCUUCAAAUACUGAGGAGAUUGAUUGUAGCAUUCAACAAUGUCUAGAAGAAAUGGAACUUAGAGACUACAAUCCGCUACAGCAUAGUGGAGGUUUCCACCAGAAGCUCAGCCAGCUAGUUGAAGAGAGCUUACAACCAGGGUUGGUUGCUCCAGAAAUAUCAACUACUCCAGCUUUCAUCUCUCUUGAUGACGUAUCAGUCCCAUUGCAACCUAGUGAAGUGAGAAAUGUCGCAGCUUUACCUGAUGUAGAUGUUUCAACUUCGCCAUCAUCAGGGAAAACGAAUCCAUUGAAUCACACUGAAGAUAUUGAUAUUCCAUUGAAAGCUGCUGAUGAAAACGAAAAGGGUAUUACAUGUCUGGCACAAGAAUGGGAACAGCUAAUUGUUGGUAGUAUUCCAAAGAUGGAUUUAGCUCAUUCCGAGCCCACUUUAGGGACGACAAGAACAUCUCCACCAUCAACUCGCAGACUGCUGGACACAAGAACUUCAAAUAUAUUAGAGAGACUUGGUAACCCGAAACAGAACAAGACUAAGGCUAUUAAUACAGAUAAGAUACUCAGUGGUUUAGCUACAUAUUCAAAUGGAACAAAAGAGAACCACCCCAUAAGCAUUGGUAUUGCAGAUCAAGGUUUCACUACUGCAAGUAACCUGAUGAAGCCGAUUUUCCAACGACUGAAAAGGAAGCAACGAUGAUAAUGACCUAAUUUUGGUGAAUAAGUGGAGUCGGGUGAACUUCGUAUCAUUGGAUUUCCCAAGAGCUUGGAAGUAAAGGUAUCUCCUCUUGUUGUUCCUCUUAAAAAGAGUCCGCGGGAUUGAUUUUCCUCCUGCUCUAAUGAUGUGAGAAUUGAUGAUCCAAAUCAUAAGUUUGAUGUGUUCUUGGACUAUUGUACGAGUUUAUGUUGUAUAUUUUCCUAUGUUGGAGUUUUGGUGUGAUUUUGAGUACAUCAAGUAUGAUGAUUUUGGUGUUGUAUGGAUGUGUGUAUGUGUGUGUAUGAUGAUGUGGGAGUCAUUUUGGGGUCUCUGAUGAGCCGCUCGACCCACCUGAAGCAUGCUCAACCCGAGCCAGUUGGCUCGACCAAGUCAGUAGCUAUUCUGAUCUGUCACUCGACUGAAAAACAAGCCGCUCGACUAAGGCCAUUUCGUUCGACCGAUCGAGCGGGAGUCCAGAAAGCACUCUAUUUUCUUGCGCGAUAAGUUUUACGGGAAUGUUUUAGUGUGGGCCUUUACCCAAUCAUUGGUACACGGCUAUUACAAUAAAUAGGAGCCUCAUACACUCAUUUCUAAGUAGAUUCUUAACCCUAACCAAACACAAACCCAUCUCCUUUAUCUUCUCCAAGUGUAAUACUCCAUUGUAAGAGUUCUUGAGAACUCCAUUGUU